GCCCGCCUGGCCGAGGGGAGGAGGCGGCAGCAGGAGGAGGAGGAGGAGCGGGCCGCAGCGAGCUGGCUCGGCUGCCCCUGAAGAUGGCGGCGGCAGAGGCAGCCGCUCCUCCGGGUGGGGUCUGCCCGGCGGCGGGCGGCGGCUCCGUGCCCGUCCUCUUCUGCUUCUCGGUCUUCGCGCGGCCCUCCACCGUGCCGCACGGCGCCGGCUACGAGCUGCUGAUCCAGAAGUUCCUCAGCCUCUACGGGGACCAGAUCGACAUGCACCGCAAGUUCGUGGUGCAGCUCUUCGCCGAGGAGUGGAGCCAGUACAUAGACCUGCCCAAGGGCUUCCUGGUCAGCGAGCGCUGUAAGGUGCGCCUGGUGCCGCUGCAGAUCCAGAUGACUACUUUGGGCAACCUGACACCCUCAAGCACUGUGUUUUUUUGUUGCGAUAUGCAAGAGAGAUUCAGGCCUGCCAUCAAAUACUUUGGUGAUAUCAUCAGUGUAGGUCAGCGGCUGCUCCAAGGUGCACGGCUCUUAGGAAUUCCAGUCAUUGUAACUGAACAGUAUCCCAAAGGUCUUGGCAGUACUGUACAAGAAAUUGAUUUAACAGGAGCAAAACUUGUGCUUCCUAAAACAAAAUUUUCAAUGGUAUUGCCAGAAGUUGAAGCAGCAUUAUCAGAGAUUCCUGGAGUCCGCAGUGUUGUCCUGUUUGGAGUAGAAACUCAUGUCUGCAUCCAGCAAACAGCAUUGGAAUUAAUUGGCAGAGGUCUGGAAGUUCAUAUUGUAGCUGAUGCCACCUCAUCAAGAAGUAUGAUGGACAGAAUGUUUGCUCUUGAGCGUCUUGCUCGUACUGGAAUUAUAGUUACUACUAGUGAAGCUAUUUUGCUGCAGCUGGUAGCUGAUAAAGAACAUCCAAAAUUCAAAGAAAUCCAAAAUCUCAUUAAGGCGAGUGCCCCUGAGUCAGGACUCCUUUCCAAAGUUUAAAGAGGAUGUGGAGGAAGCAAAUGUCAUUGUCAUCUUUAAAUAUUAUGGAAAGCUGUAAGUGCACAUGUACACCUUCUUUCACACUAAGUUUGGCAGCAGUGUAAAAUGAAAAAUUGACAUCCUUGUGCUUGCCUUAGCAAAAAUUGUCUGGUUAUAUUUCUGGGUGCCAGUAUGUUCUGUUUAGUCACAGCUGUCAGAGGCUUUGGGUAUCAUAGGACCCUUUUGUUGUCAGAUUUCAAUAUUUAUUAAAAGCAAACAAGCAAACACAAAUUAACAGAGGUGCCUGCUAGCCUAUCCUAUAUACUGAUUGUAACAGCUCAAAAAAGUGCAUAUUUAUGUGAAACUUCUUGAUUGUGCACUUUGUAGAAAUAUUCUGUGAUCGUCUGUUUUACUUUUUUAUUAAUAGAAGAUAAAUACAUGCUGGAUAAAUGUAAUGUGGUAUGCUUUAAUGUUCUACCUUAAUCAAGUAUUUUAAUAGUACUUAAAUUAAAAAGGACUAAGUUACCUGGAAUACCUGUGUGCAUUUGUUCUUUAGGGUACAAUUUAAAUGCUUUACUUAGUAGACAAGAUGCAUAGAUCAAGCAGCUGCUGAUGUUUGAUUGCUUUCAAUAGCUGAAGCUUGCAUCAUAGUUUUCAAUGAUUCUGAAACUGACUGCCCAAACCUGUACCUCAUUUAAGUAGACACAUACAGAAAUAUGUCAUUUAGUGAGAUCUUUAUAAACAACUGGUUUAAAUCAUUCAGAACUAACAGAUUACCAAAACUUUAAGUAAUUUGGCAAUGUCAAUAAUUUAAAGAACAAAAACUUUUCAGCUCUGACUGCUGAAUCUACUACUGUACUUAGAGUUUUUUUUUAUUAUUAUUUUUUUAACCGCAUUUUGGUUACAUUUAGUAAUUCCAUUGGAUUUACUCAUUUGGCCAAGCAAGCUUUGAAACAAACCUCAGCUUCUCUAGGUUUGUGCUUAUUUUUGUAGGCUGUAGUUGGGUGGAGUUUGAAUGAAACCUGGCCUAAAAGCAUAAUGCAGAAAAAUUGCAUCUGUAACUUAUUGAUAUAUAUAUUUUUUAUCUUAAACCAAACUUUUAACACACAGUUGUUCAUAAAGGCACUUCCUUCAUGUUCCAAUAGUUUAAACAAUGUUAUAUAAAGUUUACAGUAUAAGUGAGACAUUUAUUUUUUUAAAAGAAUACUAGAAGAUGUCAUACUGAACAUUUAUCUUUUUGGUAGAAAACUAAUUACAGUACAUGUAUGUUUUUAAAUUGCUUAUUAGUCCCACAAGAUGGCUCUAAAAGAAUUGUUAAAGAGUUACAACCUUUAUAUGUUCAAAACAAAUAAAAUGUUAACAUUUGCUGUCUCUCUUAUGUUUGUGAUAUUUAUUGAAGAGCAAAUCGGGAAAGCUUUGUUUGCCAUAGACCUUAUUCUAUUUUGUGCAGCUGUGGAAUUUCUAUAGAUGUCAUGGGAAUUUUGUGUAAAGAUCAAGGACGGAUAAUGUCUAAUAAUUCAUGCUUUCUGUGUCAUAUUACAGUGUUAUUCAGUGCUCCAAAAUUUGAGGAAUGAACAUCAUGCUUCAGGUCAGAGGCAGGGGAGGGGAGUUAAGUUGAAGAACCAUUGUCCUAUAUCACUGACCUACUUUUCAAAUUCUUUUCUAGUAUAUUAAUGACGUUGCCUAGCAGUGUAAAGUCCACUUACAUAAAUCAGCAGCUGUGCACAAAAAUACUAUAAAUUUCUUAGGAAAUACGGUUUUACUGUGUUUUUUACUGUUAUGUGUUGAUCAUAUGUAGUCAGUAAUAGAAGGAAUAGUGACAAA